GAAGGAAGCAUAAAAAUAACAGCACUGCUCUGCGCUUCAUGACCGAAGAUGACUUUACAAGGUUAUAAAACGACAAUGGCAGCCAACAGUCUGAACACUGCUUUGAAUGACAGCACAGCAUCAAACACAACAAAUAAAACACAGGAUUCCCUUUGCCUGCCAGAGGUGCUAGCCCGUCCUUUUUUCUUUGUUUCCUACUCAACAGUCUGCUUUGUAUGUUUGGCAUUGAACACCAUCACUAUGCGAGUGUAUUACUGCACCAGUCUAAAAUUUCAGUCCAGUGUCACCGUCUACCUAAAGAACCUGGCUGCAGCUGACUUCUUCCUCUGCCUUGUUUUGCCUUUGCGCAUUGCUAACUAUGCUAACAAAUCAACAGCCCUGCAACACAUUUACUGCAAUUUUGGGGCUGCAGGCUUCUAUCUCAACAUGUAUGCCAGCAUUCUCUUCAUGGAUUACAUUGCUGCAAACAGGUACCUUAAGAUUGCCUAUCCAUUAAAGACUCAUGUGCUGCAAACAGCCCGUGCUGCACGAUGUAUCUCCAUUAUAACAUGGACUUUCUUAUCUACAAUGGCUUUAAUUUACAUUGUAGUGUUUCUGAGCACAUCCUCGGGAGCUUCUCCAAAACCAAAUGUCAUCGGGUGUGAGUCCUUACACAGCCAUCAAGUCAGCACGGUCUACAAGGUCAUCCACUGCGUUUCUGCACUCAUCUUCACCUUUGUGUUGGUGUCCCUGAUUCUGUUCUAUUGGAGCACAGUGCGAAGGCUUCAUUAUGCCACCAUGCAGACCCAAAGGAACCACCAUAAACUGAGCAGGUCUAAGCGCAACAUGCUAGUGCUUGUGGUGGUGUUCUGUGUGUGCUUUGUGCCCUACCACCUAGUGAGGCUCCCAUAUGCCUUCCUAAAGCCUCUGCUACAGGGAUGUGGUACUUCAGCCAAGUCGUUUUACAUUAUAAAGGAAGUCACAGUUCUGCUUUCAGUGCUCAAUGCAUGCAUGGAUCCAUUAAUAUAUUUUGUCUUUUGCAAGGGAUUCCGGGACCAAUUAGGCAUCAGAAAUUUACAAGUGUGCAAAAAUCUGAUGUUGUGCGAAUUCCAAAGAGAUACAAGAAAACAAAGAAGCACAGAGACAGGGGAAUCUCGUGUUACAGUAAGAUGUGAAAGUGUCAAUCCACUGCAUAGUACUCAACAGUGUCAGCUAGAACUGCAAACUUUGAGGUCAUAAAUUAAAAAUAACAAUGGUAUUCAGCAGUAACCAUAGAGAUAUAUUCACCAAAACAUAACACAUAUUUACUGCCUGUGAAUGAUAAAGAUCUUUGAUGAUUACUUUUUAUGUAACAGACUGAUAUAUUAUGUACAGUGCUAUUAAAGUCAGGUGGAUAAAUAAUUAUGACUGUGUACACCACCACAGCGGUUUAGAAAGCAGUCAAGAUGUGAUCAAUGUGUAGGUGUAAAUAGUUUCAUGGUCAGUUGUCAACAGACCGAUCAGAGAGAUUCAACAUCAACAUUAGGCAUGGCCAAAUUUGGUAUUUUCUUGAAAAGAAAGAAUAUACUGUUGAGCUCAGCAAUGCCAAAAGGCCUUGAGGACCACAGCAAACAAGUGAAUGAUUGCAAAUAAUUAUUCCUUGGUGACGAAAAACAGCUUCACAAUAUUUUGGCACUUACACUUUAGUAGAAAACAUCUAAAACAUAUUCCUAGUUCUUUGGACAGAUGAAAAUAAGAUUAACAUUUAGGAAGGAAAGGAAUGACGCAUGAUCCAAAGUAAACCACAUCAUCUGUCAAACAUGGCAAUGUUAUGGAAUGGGCAUCUAUAUAAUGAUGAUCUAUAUACUGAUGACGGAAGGAUCAGUUGUAAAGAGCUAUAGUUUUAUCUAGUCAAAUAUUGCAAAACUGAUAUGAUGGUGCUUCACAAUACAGAAGGAUAAUGGCCCAAAUCAUACAGUGAAAGCAAUCCAAGAGCUUCUUAAGGCAAAGAAAUGUAAUGUUCUUAAAUGGCUGUCAGUCACCUGACUUCAACCCCAAUGAGCAUACUUUUUACAAACUGAAGACAAAACCGAAGGCAGAAGGACCCACAAACAAGCACCUAAACAGUUAAAAUUUGUUUUAAAACACCUGAAAUAAAGUUAAAACUCAACACUAUAGCCACAUAUUGAUUGCUUUACUUCAAAUCCCUUGUAGUGGUGUAUAGAGGCAAAAUUAUAAAUAUUGUGUCACUAUCCAAAUACUUAUGAACUCUGUAUAUAAACCAUAAUCGUGAUGUUUCGGUGUUUAAUGUAAUGUAAUGUAAUGUAACAGUAUUUUAUUUUCUAUAUAUAUAUAACUGAAGACUCACUGCAGAAGACUCUCCUAUAUACAAUUAAUAUUGUUGCUUUCCUGUUAAUUUUUUUAGAAAAUUUUUAAAUGCAAUAAGAAAAUAACUGGUUACUGAGUCACUUGACUGCA